GACAACUUUCAGUUUACGUUCAACUGCAUUUUCAUCCCUGACUCGGCUAAUCCGUAAAUCGCUAAAGUUUUCACGCAACCGGAAGUAAUCGUUGGAACGUGUGUCACACGUUGUUGAGCACAGACGUGUUGUAUCCACGCUUGAACAAACAAAGGCCUUUGCGCAUGCGCAAUGUGCUUAUAGAGCUUCCACGCACGAGAUAUAAAUACAAAGAUCAAAAAUUUUCUGAUGACAACAAAGCCUGACAAAGACCAUUCAUUGACAUAAACACGAAAUCGCGGAGAAAGAAGCGGAGAAGUUGACUCGCCGUCAGUCAGGGUACAAAGCUAGUGAAUUAACACAUAAUCAUUCUGAAAGAACUAGAGUAGAGCGAGGAGGUCUGCGGAUCGGGCAUUCAUUCAUUCAAGUUGGAUUCUUCAAGUUUUAGCACGUCGAACCUCUUCGUACGCCAUCCCUUCGCGAACAUGGGAUCAAGAAUAUCAUCUGUGAAAAGAAGUGAUCAUAACGACAAUAGAGCUGGAGUUUCACUCAAAUCGCUCAACUUCUUAAAAGACGAAGAAGAUAGGGCGCGCGAUUUGGCGCGACCGGAGAAGCUCGAUACGGUGUUAGAUCGACCGCCAGCAACUAAAGAACGGCAGAAGGAAUACUCAUGGAACCCGUCGGAUCGAUCCGUCAACGUGUUCGUUAAAGACGACGAUCCGUUCACAUUUCAUAGACAUCCAGUUGCUCAAAGUACUGACUGUAUUCGAGGAAGAAAAGGAUUUAAUCGAGGGUUUCAUGUUUGGGAAAUACAUUGGUCAACUCGGCAGCGCGGUACGCACGCCGUUGUAGGAGUAGCAACAGCAAAAGCCCCACUACAUUGUACAGGUUACCAUUCAUUGAUCGGUAAAACUGAGGAUGGCUGGGGAUGGGAUAUUGUAAGGAACAAACUAUAUCACGAUGAGAAGAAUAAUCCUACGGUUAAAUACCCAUCACAUCACGAUGUUGAACAUAACUUUAUCGUUCCUGAUAGAUUUCGUGUCAUAUUGGAUAUGGAUGAAGGCACAUUGGCCUUUGAGACCAUAGAUGGCCGUUACUUAGGGGUUGCAUUUAGAGGACUUAAAGGACAUACUGUAUAUCCCGUAGUGUCUGCAGUAUGGGGACAUUGUGAGAUCGCUAUGCACUACAUUGGAGGACUUGAUCCUGAACCUCAACCUUUACAAGACCUUUGUAGGCGUACUAUACGUAAAUCAAUAGGCAAAGAUCAACUAAACAAAUCAAACAUUAAUACACUACCAAUCCCAGUAUGUAUGAAACAAUAUCUACUCUACAAACAAGGUUCAUGGUGAACAGAGAUAUCGCAAUAAUGGUAUUGAUACACUGAGUAUCAACUCAAGACCUCCUGGAAAGACUCAUGAAUACYAGCAAAAUGAAGACACUUCCAUAAUAUCAUUCUUAUUACAAUUUGCCAUCCAAUAAUUGUUCUAUAUCGUCAUCAAACUUCAUGAUACAAAACAUUAUCCAUAGUGAGAUGCAAAGAAGUUAUCAGAAGUUUUGUUGUGAUGAAGAUAGAGUUACAAUCUUCAACAAGAAAUAUUGCUCAAGAAGUGCUUUAAAAUCAUUCUUACAGUUCCAGUUUGAAUACUCUCAGACAUUCUAAAUUAUCAAACAUUUUCAGAAUACUAUAAACAUUCACAAUSCAAAAUUUAUACUAAAUUAUAUACUUUUCUAGGACAUCAGGACCUGAAAAUACAUUUUCUAGGAGUUGAAAGUCACAAAAUAUGGUUCAAAACUAGAAUCAAAAAUUCAUUUUUGUAAGAUAUUUUGCUAUAUGUGUAAAUUAUAGGAUGACAUUUCCAUUUUACCAUAGCUAACUGUAGAUAGAUCUCAUUCAUAGUUCAAGUUUUAUUGAUCAUAGGUUAUAUUUGACAUUUUAUCAGGAAAAUAGAUCAGCCAAGAAUCAUUUGAAGAUAAUAAUGCAUUAUAUUUUAUACAUGGUCAUAAUGACAUAAGAAUGUUUAUAAACAAAUGCAUCAUGAUUCCUAAUGAUUCUUGAGCAGCAUUUAUUUUCAUUUUAUGGUGCUUUUUAGUUCAGUUUCUUGCUAUUUUGCAAAAGCAAACCAACAAUUUAAAAGGAAACCAAGCAUAAUCUAUUUUCAUUACAUUUGGAAUUAUUGCUAAAUAUUUGCCCAUAUAUUUUAACAAGCAAAUAUUARCCAUUCAUUUAAAGAGAAAUUCAUAUAUUUACUCAUACCAAAACUGACAAGAUCAAAUAUUAAUUUCUCUCAAGAUAUCCAAAUAACACCAUGGAGAAAUUAGCUUUUGAUCAUCAAUCAUUGUUGAGUUGGUUUGCUUUUAGUAAAAGUCAAACAAGAGACAUAGAUAAGCUAUUUAAUAAAUUAGAUUAAAGCUGAUGAAAAUUAUUACUCAAUUUUAUGAAASCUUCGUCACAAAAAGAUAGUUAAAAGAUAAACAGUAAAAAAACUUAUUUAACAAUAGAUUGUUAACUUAUUCAGCAAUAUGGCUAUGCUAUAUUAUUUAUGGAAGGAAAGAGGUUUCGUCCGUUGCAGUUAUUGAUAAUAAAAAAACAACAAAUUUUAUGGAA